AGUGCGAAAAGCAGAAGGGCGAACCUGGGCCUUAUCCUAAUAGCUCUCAUUUAAUUCACCCAGUGCUUUUCAAAGGCAGACAUUUUACUGAUAAGGAAACAAGGCAAACAGGUGAGGUGGUCCAAGGUCCCACGCGCUACAGCUCUCUCUCUGGCAUAAGGAAAUACACUAGGCAUGAAGAAGCAAACGGAUGGCAAGAAGGGACAAAGAUAGCCCUUCAGCCAUUUUUCUGAGCCACCCUCGGAAUCGCAGCUGCCAUCAGAUGUGGAUGUAAUACAGUGAGCAGUUACCAAACUCAACCGUUUGCUGAGUGAAUGAAGGAACCAAAGUAGGCAAAGUGGGAAACCAACUCUCCUGGGAAACCAGCACCGUGUUAGGCCCUGGCGUGCCCCCAGGGCGCCUGCAGGGGUGCCACGGGCAUGACGCGGCCCACCUCCCCAGGCACCGCAGCGGAGAGAAGGCUCUUCAGAGCGGCCCCCAGAGGAGCCUUCACGGGCAUCGCCGCACCUCCACCGGCAGCUCCACCCCAACCCUGGUCGCUGGGAAUUCUGCCCGACCCUAGGCCGGCGCGAGCGUGGGCAGCGAGGAACCAGCUGAGAAGCAGGAUCAAAGAGCUCGGGAGUUGGAGACAAAGAAAAACUGGGGGACAGAGGCAAAAACUCGGAUCCGAAAGGGGGUCUGUCUGUCCAUCAGGGCACGCCGGAAGAGUGGCGCUCGAGCUGACGGCGAGAGCGGGCGGGCCGGGGCGCCGAGGCUCAGGGCUGCUUCGGCAAUUCGCGGGGGUGGCUUGCACCCCGGGAGGCGAGAGCGCCUGGGAAGUCCAGCGGGGCUUACCUAACUUUCCCGCCCGCGGAAGGGAAGCGGGGAACUACUGCCUCCCACCAUCAGGUACGACAGGAGGCCCAGGCCCACGCGCAGACGCAGGGUUGUGGGGCGGACACCCACGGCCGAACAGCCAGUCGCAGAAAGGGAGGGGCGGGCAAAUGAGGCAGCCCCACCUAGCCGCUCGCGUUCAUUCCUCCCGCGGCUUUCCAGGUUUGGGGUAGGCGGGAGCGGUGGGCUUAGAAGCCGGAAGUGGAUUGACGUAGCCCGGAAGGGGAAUACUUCCCAGUUACAGUGUUGAUGUUUUCAGGCUCCUGCUGCUCCUGUUGCGGCUAGGGGAACUGUCGUGGGGAAGGAUGGUGUGCGAAAAAUGUGA